UUAUCACCAUCGCGCGCGCAAUGCACUAAAGAAACACAUGCCUCUGCAAUGCAUUUCAUUCGCUGGAGGUUGCCCCAUUAGAUCCAAUUCCACGUGUCCGCUCUGUCCGUUCGCGCUCGCAACAAACCCGCCCACAGGGCUUCUCCUUGAUCUUGUCCUCCAUGGCGGAUAUUGACUCUGACAGAAUAUCUAUCGUGUCUAAGCGUUCGAUCGCAAGCGUUGCUUCGAAAAUAUCGACCAUCUGGUCAAAAGUCCCUCACUCUUCCAGGAAAAUACCGUUACCGCUCGCCGUCAUAUGUUCCUAUGUCGAGACUACUUCUGAUGCCCAGUUGUCCCCCAUCAAAGAAUUGAUCAUUUACAAAGAAGAGGGUGGUGUUCAGCACGAGUUCCUGCUCUUACGGCUAGUGAAACCUACUGAAGAAUUCUGGGUGCGUCUGGAGAGGAAAGGGCCAACGGGCACUCUCAGCAGACUGAUAUCCAGUAAAUGGGAAGCAAACGAUGUGGCGACUCUCUCUGGGAAAAGCGCAACUCUGUUAGGGAGCACGAAGUGUGUCGAGAGGACAAGGAUCAUUUUUCGUGUCCCGCCUUCGCUAAUGGCCUUGUUUCGUGUCCUCGAGGCACUCAGAGAGUCAUCCAAAUCCUACAAAGUGUGGCCGGUAUGAGUGUGGUACUUGUAACAACCUCUUACCGCAUAUCUUAUUGUCUCAAUCGCUAGGAGAAUUGUUAUUUCUUUGCAUCAGUGAUCGCAGUGUAUCUAUACGGUCUCGACGAAAGUGCCGAACUUAUCGGAACGUUAAGGUGGCUUGAUCUGGGAGCAGAGGCCCGUCGAAGAAUCCAUCAAAUU